AGUGGUUCUUUCUGAUGUGCAGUCGCUAUGACAGCUAUGCUGUAUUGUUUGAUUUAUGACAGCCAUAGCAACCAGGACAACCAUCUUGAUAAGCAGCAGCACAUUUUGAGUUAUUUGCUGAAUUAUCAUCUUUCUACAUCCUGUAUGUUAAAGCCUUUGAAAAGCAUCGUCCUUUUACUCAUUAUUCAUUAAAACCGGAGCUUGGAGGCUAAAACCUGACUCACGAGUUUUCUUGAAGGAGUUAGACUGGCUGUCAAAUUGUGUUCGAUACACACAGGGAGGACAGUACAGUAAAAGGACGUCUCUAAGAGGUAAACUAACACAACAACGGAGGUAUGUCAGACAAACAAUCACAUCACUCUGGCUGUUCAAGAGCACCAAAAUAGUCUGCAGCAGCAGCUGCAGCCCGCGCCAAAGCGGAAGCGGCUAAAGCUUGUGCAGCCUUUGCAGAGAAAGAGGUUGCAAUGAAAGUAGACAAAGCUAGACUGGAAGCAAAUCUAGAGGCCCUUAGUCUGGAAAAAUAGUCUGCUGCUGCAAUAGCAGAGGCUGAAGUGCUGGAAGCUGAAGCAGAAUUGGCAAAUGAGGAAUCCUCAGCACCACAUAUAAUAAGCCAAGGUGGUUGCAGUGGCCUAGGAGAGCCAUUCUCUUCAGAGAGUGUAGAGGAGCGUACAAGAGACUAUGUACACAUUAUCCAUGACAACCCCAGAUACAGAGCCAGUCAGUGCUACCAAACAUUAUGUGCCUGAGGCCCGCAUAGGACAUGGAGAGCCACCACUCACUACAGGAGGAUACAUUCAUAGUUCUAAAAUACCACAGCAGCCGCAGGGAUCAUACCAGAACCCAUUUUCACACUUACACACACAAGAUUUUAGUCCUUCUACAAGGCCUACAACUGUUAACAGAGAGAAAGCACAUUACAAACCACAACCUGACAUCCCACUAGGAUCAAAUGGAUUUCCGUAUUCUCCCUACAUACCCACGGCGCCACUAAUUAAGCAACGUCCACCUGACGACAUGAUAAAUAUGGCUAGAUAUCUGGCACGCAGGGAAAUUGUCAGCACAGGCCUAAAACAAUUUGACGAUUGUCCAGAGUCAUACAGGGCAUGGAGGUCAUCCUUCUUAAAUACCAUCAAUGACCUGAACCUAUCUGCAAGCGAAGAAUUAGAUCUGCUUACAAAAUGGCUGGGCAAAGAAUCCUCCAACUAUGUCAAACGGCUUCGGUCUGUCCACAUAGGGAAUCCCAUUGCUGCCCUGCAAAUGGUCUGGGCACGGCUGGAGGAAGUCUACCGCUCUCCGGAAGCUAUUGAGCAGGCUCCUCUAAAGAAACUAGACAACUUUCCCCACAUUUCUAAUAGGGACUACCAUAAACUAAGAGAGUUAGGGGAUCUUUUAAUGGAGCUACUCUCCGCAAAGGAAGAUGGAUAUCUACCAGGGCUCACAGUGCUAGACACAGCCCGUGGCAUUAACCCCAUUGUGGAGAAACUGCCCUUUGGGCUACAAGAAAAGUGGAUAUACCAAGGGUCUAAAUUCAAAAGAGACCACAAUGUCACUUACCCUCCAUUCUCUUUCUUCACUGAUUUUGUCUACCUUAAUGCAAAAAUAAGAAAUGACCCAAGCUUUGCUCUGGCCAGCACCAGCUUCAAUUCGCAUGACAGGUCUACACCAAAAUUCAAGACUAAAAUACCUGUGACAGUGCAUAAGAUAGAUGUAGAUUAUCCUACUAGCCAUGACGCUGACACCAGCAAGAUGGAUGAUGUGGCUAAGCACUGCCCUAUCCACAAUAAACCCCACCCCCUUAAGAAAUGCAGAGGCUUUAGACUUAAGACGCUAGAUGAAAGAAAAGCGUUUCUAAAAGAGCAAGGCAUAUGCUUUAAGUGCUGCGCUUCUCUCAUCUAGCAAAACAGUGUAAAGCUAUUCUGAAAUGUGUGGAGUGUGACAGUGGAAGUCAUAUCAGUGCUCUGCAUCCAGGCCCACCCCUCUGGUCAUCGCAGACUGCCGUGCCUUAUGUAAAGGAUGGCGGGGAGGGAGAAGAACAAAAUCAACCUACCAAUGUCAGCGCAAACUGCAUGGAGGUCUGUGGAGAAGGCCGCGCUGGGAGGUCAUGUGCCAAAAUUUGUCUCGUUAAAGUCUAUCCACACGGGAAACCUGAAAUGGCUGCAAGAAUGUACGCUAUGCUCGAUGAUCAGAGCAACGGGUCAUUGGCAAGGUCUGAAUUUUUUUAUCUUUUUGGUGUUUAUGACACCGAAGCUCCAUACUCCUUGAAAACCUGUGCUGGUGUAGUGGAUACAUGCGGCAGAAGAGCUGAAGGUUUUCAUAUAGAACCAAUUAGUGGUGGUAACAGCUUUGCACUCCCCACUCUGAUUGAAUGCAAUGAGAUACCUGAUAACAGGGCUGAAAUACCGACAACCGAAGUGGCCCUGCAACAUCCACACUUAAAGUCUAUCGCAUUACAAAUCCCACAGAUAGAUCCAAAUGCUCACAUCCUCCUACUACUAGGCAGAGACGUGCUCAGAGCACAUAAGGUCAGACAACAUAUCAAUGGCCCUAAUGAUGCCCCCUUUGCUCUGAGGCUAGAUCUAGGCUGGGUCUUAGUAGGGGAGAUGUUCCUGGGAAAUGCCCAUAAGCCAAAUGUCUACAGUGCAAAGACUAAUGUGCUGGAAAAUGGACGCCCUUCAUUAUUCACUCCAUGCCCUAGUCACAUACAAAUUAAAGAAAUCUCUCACACACAGACAAGAAAAAAACUUUAGGGAAACUGGUCUUUCAGAAAACUAAAGAUGACAACAAACUCGCUCUUUCUAUAGAAGAUAGGACAUUUCUGAAAAUUAUGGAUGAACACAUGUAUAAAGAUGAGGCCAACAGCUGGGUCGCACCUUUACCCUUCAGACACGCCCGGCCACGCCUUCCUAAUAAUAAGCAACAGGCUCUCAGUCGUCUUUCCUCUCUGCGCCGCACUUUGGAGAAGAAACCUACAAUGAAGGAACAAUUUAUAGGCUUCAUGCAGAAAAUCUUCGACAAUGAUCAUGCUGAGGUUGCACCACCACUUCGAGAGGAUCAAGAAUGUUGGUACUUACCGACAUUUGGCGUAUAUCACCCAAAGAAGCCUGACCAGAUCAGGACUCCAGUGCACAAUAUUAUGGUGUUUCUCUUAACGAUGUUCUGCUUACCGGGCCAGACUUAAAUAACAGCCUGUUAGGUGUCCUGAUUCGCUUCAGGAAGGAGC